CUUCACAGACCCUGGGCCUGGGUGAGGAGUGGCGUGGAGGUGACGUGGCCAGAACGGUCGGUGGAGGACAGAAAGUCAGAUGGCUAAAGAAAGAAAUGGAGAAAUAUGCAGACCGGGCGGACAUGGUCAUCAUGUUUGUGGACAGCUAUGACGUGAUCCUGGCGGGCAGCCCCUCAGAGCUGCUGAAGAAGUUCAUGCACAGUGGCAGCCGCCUGCUCUUCUCCGCAGAGAGCUUCUGCUGGCCCGAGUGGGGGCUCGCCGAGCAGUACCCUGAGGUGGGCACGGGCAAGCGCUUCCUCAACUCUGGUGGAUUCAUUGGCUUCGCCCCCACCAUCCACCACAUCGUCCGCCAGUGGAAAUACAAGGACGACAGUGAUGACCAGCUGUUCUACACUCAGCUGUACCUGGACCCGGGCCUGAGGGAAAAACUUGGCCUUGAUCUGGAUCAUAAAUCUCGGAUCUUUCAGAACCUCAAUGGGGCUUUGG